AUGCUACAAAUUAAGCCUAGUAUUUGCAAGGGUUACAUAUUCUCUAAAUCAUAAAGCUGUAAAAAUACAGAAAGAGCAAUAUCACAAUAGGUUAAAAAUCCUAAGCCAAUAAUAAUGUUAUACUUAUAAUUAUUUCUAUAGUAAUUGAAAAAUUUAGAAAUUAAGUUUUAUCCUACUGGCUUCACUAUAACACUUAUUCCAUAUAUAAUAAGAGAAAUAACCCAUACUGUAAAGGCCUAAAUAAGAUUACUAAAAAGAAAUGUGUCUAAAUUUUCAUGUUUAAACUUUUACGGAGCAUUUGAAUUUGAGCUUUUCACAUUCGGAAUUAUUUCGAAAUUAGCAAAAUUAAAUAGCUAAAAAAACGUAUAUAGAUUGGAGGAGUAAUUUGCAUUUAUGAACAGCAAAUAAUUUGUUACUUAUAGUAAAUCAAAGAAACUCACUAACAUAUAAAAAGGAGACAACAUUCCUGCAGAAAUAGAUAAGACUGCAAAAGACGCAUUUAGAGAUUACUGA